AUGGAGGACUUGCAUAACAUCAUCCACUCCAUGGCACUUGACUAUGCUAAUGAGGCCUGGGACUUCAUACAGACCACCAACAUGCGCGUCCCGAGUCCUGGCACCCUUCAGCUGUCGCAAAAUGAGUACCUUCGUUUCUGCCGGGCUUUCUACCGCGUGGAAAUCUUCCAUUCUGUCGAACGCCCCGGACCUGUUGGGCCUUUUCGGCCUCGUGCCUGGAAUGAGGGCGAAAUUUACCUCGACCCUCUCCCUUCAUGUGAUCGAGAACAGAUUGGAUGCGUCCUGGAGUAUCAGGAGAGACUCUUCCUCAACAGCGUACGGGAGGUCCUUGCACACGAUGUUGCGAUGGGUCACAUUGGAGUCAACUACGUGAGGCCCCAGUAUGACAAUGUUAUUCAGAACUGGUUGGCCCAAGGAUUGCGUUUCCUCGUCAAGAUUACCAGCGACCUGUCAUACGACGAGAAGAAGAAUCUUCUGUACUCCAAGUACGGCCCCGGCGACUUGAUCCACCUCUGGAAAUCACUUGAUAUGUCCCGGACCUGGCUGGAUACAGAUCGGCAACCGGCGGACGACCCCUGGGUACACAAUGAGGACGGAUCCCUUGUUCACCUCGACAAAGACGCUGUCGAUGCAAUGGACCUAGACCUCGGUCCCCGGGAGGCCUUCGCGCGUUCAAUUGCAGGCCCGACGCCGAUCGAGGAUCUGGGCUAUUAUGGCUCUCGAGACCGCGCCUACGUACUGUGGGACAUGGACCGUCUCCUCCAGCUUGAGGCGGGUUGGGCGUGGACGGUGCCCACUCGCUCCUCGGAUAGAUUCUACAUCUUCGUGGAUGAACCAAGGCCCAUUCGCGUGCCGGCUAAGUAUCAGGGGGUGGGAGCGGAAAAGGAUUUGGAGAAGUCUAUUCAGGCUCGCAAGGAAAUCUAG